UAAUGACAAGUCACAAAGGUGAGAUACUCGCUAUAUAUGGUGCGGUCUGGACCGUCUCAACAAUGGCGUCCAGACUAUUUCAUCCAGACGCUUCGUGCUCUCAAUAUAUUGCCAUUAACAUCCAGACUGCGCAACUCUUGUGACCUCGCAGUAUGCUCUUCUCUACCGCUACUUUGACACUACUCACCACAGCCGUCACAGCUUCAUACGUCCUUCAAGAUGACUACAGCACAAAUUCGUUUGCGGAUAUGUUCGACUUCUUCACAGACAACGAUCCUACCAACGGCUACGUCAAUUACAUCGACUACAACACGGCCCAAAGCUCAGGGCUAUACAAGCUUGAGAAUGGUCAAGUAUAUAUGGGAGUCGAUUCUACAAACACUGCCUCUGGGCGUGGUCGAGACAGUAUACGUAUAGCCAGCAAAAACACAUACCAGCACGGCCUCGUCAUCCUCGAUCUCGCACAUAUGCCUGCUGGUGCUUGUGGGACGUGGCCUGCCUUCUGGAUGCUCGGCUCGGACUGGCCCUACAACGGAGAAAUCGACAUCAUCGAAGGUGUCAGUGCCCAAACCUCGAACAACAUGGCUAUGCACACCGACGCCGGUUGCACAAUCACCAACACAGGCGCCUUCUCCGGCUCUCUGGAAACCGCCAACUGCGACGUCAACGCUGCCGGUCAAGCCACAAACGCCGGCUGCUCCAUCCGCAGUGCCGACGACAGCAGCUUUGGCAGUGGCUUCAACUCCAACGGCGGUGGCGUCUAUGCCACAGAAUGGACCAGUGAAGCCGUGAGCAUCUGGUUCUUCUCUCGAGACGCCAUCCCAUCUGACAUCACCAGCGGCAACCCCGAUCCUUCCGGCUGGGGUCUGCCUCAGGGACAAUUCACGGGUGGCUGCGACAUCGACGACAAAGUGCGCAAUCAACAACUCGUGUUCGACGUGACCUUUUGCGGCGACUGGGCCGGCGGCGUCUGGAGCACAGACUCCACAUGCAGCGCCAAAGCCUCGACGUGCCAGGACUUUGUCCAGAACAACCCAUCCGCGUUCCAGGACACAUACUGGCUCAUCAACAGCCUCAAAGUGUACAGCGAGAACGGCGCCGAACCAUCGGCCACGCAGACCUCAGCCAUCGUCACCACGGUGGCUACCUCCGCAGGGACAGACACCGGCGUUCCCGCGGCGACUUCCGUAACCACAUUCGUCACGCUUACGUCGGGCUUGUCCACAUACACUCCCGAACCGACUACAAUCACAUUGUCAACGGACACGCCCGCAGCCGAACCGACCGCCGCAGUGACAACAGCACCAGCAGCCGUGACGCAGUACACCACUGCCGUCGUCACGACAGCUGCAGCCGAAACAUCCGCAGCAGCCGGCGGUGGCUGGAGCGGCGGCAGCAGCAACAACGGGGGAUGGAGUGGUCGUGGCAGUGGAGGAGGAUGGUCAGGCCGGGGAGGCGGAGGAUGGGGACACUGAGACCCUGUACCCAAGGGUUGAAGGAUCUUCAUUUGGGCCUUUUUUCCCUUCUUCUUCUUCUUCUCUUCUUCCACAAAACUUUCUACUUUCGAUUGGAAAAAUUUAGGGAACAUACCGAACUUUACAGCAUAGAACGGCAUGAAUGCAUGGAAUCGGCGCUGGAUUGGACAACGCACACACACACACGCACACACACAUACUCACACUCACACUCACAAGGAUACCCGGGAUACAGUACAGAAAACUUUGAGGUUCUGGAGAUGUACAGGAAAGGGAAGGAAUGUAAUAUGUGGUUUACCAGAGAUUGAGUUUUUACAGAGAGACUACGAAAGAAUGAGUUAAUGAAAUAUGGACAGGAUAAGAUAGGAUAUAUCAGAGCAAGCAAUGAACUAAAGAGAUUAGUAGUAGCACUUGCAGCGAAAUAGUCCAAGCAUAUCAUGCAAGACGAAACCAGUCUAGAACUUCC